AUGACACACCGAUCUGAAUGGCAGAAGGCCCUAUGGUUCGAACAAGACUACCCAGAUAAUUACAUUCCACCUAAAACGUUCCUAUCGUCUCUCAGAAGAAAUCCCAAUUUUAAGCCAUACGAAUAUUGGCCACUCGUCUUCUUGACGUCGUCCAUCACACAGCAUAUGUGUUCAGUGGCUCUGUUUCUCACAGUAUUUGUCAGGCUCAAAGAACAGACUUUGGAUGCGAGGACUUUGCUAUGGGCAACCAUAUGCGGCUCCGCCUUCACCCAUGUGUUUUUUCAGUUGCUGAGCCGCGCUCAUACAUCUUGUCGCAAUCCAUACCCAGAUAAGGCCAAGCUGUUUACUUCGUCGUUCCGUGUCUUUCUUGUUCUGCUAAGCUUGACCCCAGUACUCCGGGGUCUGGCUGCCGCUGCCUCGUCCGACUCUGCACGGAUAUUAGCUGUGCUUCUCUUUGCCUUAAACACACUCCUCGCUGACUACACCACAUUCAACCCAAGCGAGACUAGUGACGGACUGGCCUCGUUACUUUCCCUAAAUGCAGCUAUUGGAUCAUCUACUCUACUGGCAUCACGCUUACGUGAUGAUCUCGCCGUAUUCUCGCUUGUUUUCUUUUCUGUCCAACUGUUUAGUCUCUUUCCGAGGCUUCGACGUCAGCUGCAGGCAUGUUUCAUUAUCAGCUUGACUAUCAUCGAUUUUCUACUAAACUUUCAACAGGUACUCUCCAAUACCAUCCGUCUAUCAUUAACAGCAGCCUUGGCGAUCUCAUCAAUUGCUUCCAUGGUGUCCCUUUCAAUGAAGGCGGCGUGUGUAUACGCUAUGAUUUUGUUCGCAGUCACCUUCUUAUCUCCGGGCUUAUUGGUCUGGGCGCAGAAGUACAAGAACGAAAUCAGAGGGCCUUGGGAUGUAGCGAUCCCAAAAAUUAAUUAGCGAAUGGAUACUUCUUCGAGUACAGUUAUAUGUAUGAAGUCUAUAUUAAGAUGAUUGUACCAUAAACAU